CGUCAUGUGUGUUCUGUGUUUCAUAAGGGGCUUCCGUUCGCUAUUUUACAGUGCACUAGACAACAUACGUUUCGUUCAUCCAAAAUAGCUAUUUCGUUCAUACGAUGAAGAAAUAACGUACAACAGUUGCUGCAUGGGUCACACACAAUAAAAUGAGAGCUCUCCAUCCUACACUUCACAUGUCGAAAACUUUGAUAAUCUUUUAAAAAGCGAAAGGAAGAAUUUCUUGGUUGAAGGCGUUAUUGUGGACACCUAACGAAAUAUGACGGCCAGUUUGCAAGCAUUAAAAAGUGAACUUGAAAAGAGAUCUUUGGUGCUUGAUGAAGAGGGUCUAAAAGUAUGUGGUCAACUAAUGGAAGUCUUCCCAAGCUAUGCUAUGGAAAGUGUAAGCGCUGUAGUUGCCAUGCUUUCAAAGGAUUUUGCUGGAAAUUCAGAAGGGCUGAUGUCAGCUUGUGUUGAUUUUCUUUUGGACGAAGACAGCCCCUCUUUAAAAGCCUUCCUUUCUGAAACAUCACAGAACAAGGAUCCUGGAAGCAUGACACCAGACGACAAAUUUUGCAGAGAUAAAGUGUGGCGGUCAGUGGAGUUAUUGCAGAGUGGGGACACAUCAGACACAUGCAACAGCAGCAUAUCUUCAAGAUCUGGAAGCCCAAGCUUGCUGCAUCCAGAAGAAGAAGACAGUCAGAAUGCUGCUUCUUUGGUGCCUUUUCCUUCUUUUUCUGAAGCAACUUCGAGGUCAAAAGAAGACUACAACUUAUGUGACUCACUGAAUAAGACAAAAGUAAUUUUCUCAGCUGCAAGUUCUCAUGCUGUUGCUCAUCAUUGUGAGGAAGAUUCAAAUGCAGAUUCAUCAGUGGAUCUUCUGCUAUCUUCAAUAGCCAAUGAUUGCUCUACAGCUUUGCCAGAAACUAGACCAUAUCCUUUGGCAGGAGAUUAUACCUCAUCUUCCUCUUCAGCAGCAGCAUGUCACUCAUUGAAAGAUGUAGAAUCAGAUGUAGAAUCAGAUGUAGAAUCAGCUGGAAGAAAAUCAGUGUCUUCACCCUCACCCAGUCUUGACUCUGAUUCAUCUGACACCCUUCCAGACUAUGAGUUUAAUGAGGACUUUCCAUCUAGUUUCCGAAGAGUAGUGAAUUCAUCUGCAAUCAUAAUACAACCUAAAAUUGUGAAUUUGACUUCAAACAGUGCCACGGCAGAAACAUCUGCAAACAAACAACAGGAUUCCAUUUCUUCUCUAUCAUCUUUUGCUCCACAUUCAGAUAUGGGUCUACAUGUUUCAGAUGUGGGUUUAUGUGUUUCAGAUGCUGAGCGCAGUACAAAGUCUAUUCUUAAUAGCACGCACCUGAUUGGUGGCUCAAGUAGACAGUUGCCUGUUGCUCCGUCUGUUGCCAAUGCUUCUUUCUGCGAUGAAAAAGAUACAGAUAUGUUAAAUGUGCAUCCUACUUCUAGUCUCAAAAGUUUAAAGCCUGCAUCUUUCAGAAUUCCCAGUGCUUUUGUCAGAGAGACAAGCAUUUCAAGUACCAAGGUUACUGAUAAUGUUGAUGAGCAGGUACUGCCCAGCAUUGUUUCUCCUAGGCAAAGAUGUUCAAGUCAGAAACUGAAAUCCCUAGAAGAAAACCCCACAGCGGGUCUUUCUCAAGCACCCUGCGCCAUUCAUCCAUCUUUAUUUCAAAGUAAUGCACAUGAUACUGCAGGAAUUUCUCAUUCUGAGACUGAGGGAAUAGUCUAUUUGGGAAAGAGUUCACCACAGGUUCCUAACCAGUCUGUCAGCCAAAGAUCACUUUUAGACCAUCCUCCAUCCAUUUCACUGGUGGCACCAAGUGAACAGCAGCAGUCUAAGACAGUCUUAAACAUGCAUCCAAAUUCAGGCUCAGAAGUGUGCAUAGGUAAUCUGUCUGUGGCACCAGCUGGACUGCUGCAGUCUAAGACAGUACAAACACCAUCACCUUCAAAUUCUUGUUUAGUAAGUUUACUUGAUGUCUCAAACAUGCAUCCGAAUGCAAGCUCAAAAGUGAGCGUAGGUAAUCUGUCUGUGGCACCAGCUGAACUGCUGCAGUCCAAGACAGUCCAAACACCAUCACCUUCAAAUUCUCGUUUAGUAAAUUUACUUGGUGUCUCAAACAUGCAUCCAAGUGCAGACUUACAAGUGAACGUAAGUAAUCCGCCUGUGCCAAGACCAACAGCAACAGAGACGUCUGGACCAAAGGAUAACAGAUCAGAUGCAGUUCGAAAGCUGGAUGAUCUUGCUGCUAAGUACCAUGGUAAUGGAAAUCACAUGGGAGCACUAAAGACUACCGCUCAGUGUAUCUCCACAUGCAGUUUGCAAGAACCUAAGACAUUCAAGACUGACACUAGUGUUGCAAGCACCCAUCCUGUCCUAAGUUUAUUGUCUUAUCCUCCUGUGCCAGCCAACACUGUUUUGAAAAAGUUAGAUUUACCGUCCUCUUCUUCAUAUUCUGUCAACUCGUCCUUACCUAGGGUAUCUCUGUCUUUGAACCCUUCAUCCACAUUUUCCACAGUUUACACCCAACAACAACCAUUACGGCUAGUUUAUCCCCAUUCUCAUCUGACUUGUGACUUAGGUGUCAGACCACCUAUAACUUCUUGCCAUCCCUCUGAUCACAACAAAAGAAACGGAGACCUUGCAGCCAGUCACUGGACAAACUCAACUCACACAAACAGAUAUCAUUUGUUGGCAGGGAGUUCAGGAGUAACUAGUGUUCAGCUUACUGCAGUCACACAUGGUGUUACUGCUGGCAGACAGGAUCCAGUGCCCAGCACCUCAGGUUAUAGAAAGAGGUUAAAUGCUGAAGCAAUACACACCAUGGCUUCUGUAAACUCCCAGAAAGAAGAUGGGAAAUCUGAUGCCAGUAAGAGAAAGGAGUCUUCUGGCGUUGAUAGAUGGGAUUACAGGGACUAUCCUGAUAUUGUCAUUGAUGACAGUCUGAAUGACAGUCAGGGAUCUGUACAGUUUAUGGAGAAUAGCCCACAAAGGGCAAUGAACAAUCCAGCAGGCCCCCUCAAAACUGAACAGCUACCUGAACAUCGAGGACUGGAUUUUGCUGUACAGAGUGUUAUUGAGGUGUUUCCAAAUAUUGAAAUAACUUAUGUGCGGGACAUGCUGAAGCGCUUUUUGGCUGCAGGGGUCGUCUGGAACCAUGCACUCAAUAAUGUUUUAAACCAGCUUUUGGAGAACCCCAAUUUCCCUACUUGUCUAGACUCCAGCCAUUCAGUGCAGCUCACGAAGAAACCAAAGAAAGAUUAUUUUAAUGACUACAGUGCUCCAGUUAUCGUAGCUUCAUCAGCCAUCGCCACUGCAGCAUGGGAUUUAUUGUCAUGGGACUUUCGCAUGAUUGCCCGCAAUGAGAUCAAGCAGGUGAUGUCCAGGUACAACUACCAUUAUGCUCCUGUUUACAGAUGCCUUACUAAAGCCAUGGCUAGCACUAGAGAGGUAAAAAGCUCCUCCCCAGAUUCCAAAUCCAGAGUAAUCACAGUUGUGUGUCAUGAGGGAAAAGGUAAUGAAUGGAAAGCAGUUUUCUAUCUGCUAAAGAAACCUCGCAUGCUAGGUAAGCAUGUGAAAGAAUUUAUACAACAUCUUCCACCAGAGUUAAAAGCCGAGACUGAGUUUGUCCAGGACUAUCUGAAACAAGAGAAGGAGGAAUCUGACCGUCAGAUAGCUUGGCAGCUACUGGAGAAGGAGUAUUAUGAAGAAGGCCAAGCCAUUGAGUGUGGAUGCUGUUAUACACAGUACCCCUUUGAAAAGCUUGUCCAGUGCUUUGAUGGCCAUCUCUUCUGCUGUGACUGUCUGCAGGGAUAUGCGCGGGAAGCUAUCUUUGGAUCUGGAAAAUUGAAUUUGAUGUGCAUGACAGAAGGAUGUGAAACAACCUUUCCCAAGAGUCAGCUUAUAAAAGCACUACCUGAUGAUGUUAUGCAGAAAUAUGAUGAGCGUCUUGCGGAAGAGAGCCUUAAUAUGGCUGAGAUUUCAGACCUUGUCAGGUGCCCAUAUUGUAAUCUGGCUGCAGUACUUGAUGCAAAUGUGCAAAUUUUCGAGUGUCCUGGGCCCAGCUGUCAAAAGACAACAUGUCGCGAUUGUAAAGAAGAUUGGGAAGAUCACAUGGGAAAGUCAUGUGAAGAAGUGGAAAAGAAGGAUGAGACAAAACUUCGCAAAGAGUAUGAAGAGAAGAUGACAUCUCUGAAGGUGCGGACUUGCCCAAGAUGCAAAGCUCAGUUCUUUAAAGAAGAAGGAUGCAACAAAAUGAUUUGCCGUUGUGGAGCUACCAUGUGUUACCUCUGUCGCAAACCUUCAAUUACUUACAAGCACUUCUGCCAACAUCCUCGUGAUCCAGGCAAGGGCUGCACUCAAUGCACUGCUUGCUCAUUAUGGACUAACCCUGAUGAAGAUGAAAAGAAAGCUAUUGCUGAAGUGCAGAGAGAAGCACAAGUGCAGAGGAAAGAGCACGGCUAUCUGGACAACAAAGUGAUUGGUGUACCCUGAUGCCCCACCUGCCAAAAAGAGGAAAAAAUAAACGACACUUUCUGGGACAUUCAUUACAGUGUUUAUGGGGAUAUCUUCUUAAAUGAUAUUUGGCAUUUUCACUAAAAUACUAUCUAAAAUAAUGCAGCUGUCAUUAUUAUAGUUGCAUGUUUACUGACCAGAUGUAAUAGCAUGAAAGAUGUCAAAUAUUUGAAUAAAUUUUGUGUACAAACUUAAGAAGAAGCUUUUUUAAAGGGACAUGCAGCACACUUCAGUAAUGUUCUGCUGAAGAUGGCCAUGAACCAAAAAGAAAUCGAAAAAAUUUGAACUUUAUUCUGAUCACAUGCAAGAACCCCUUUCAAAGCAUUAAUGAAAUUUAUAGGAACAUCAAGUAUGCAAUGUUGAGAGUUUUGUGAGGGAAAGUAAUCUUGGAUGGAUUGUAUUCCAGUUAAUGUAAAAAAUAUGCAGAUCUUUUUAUUUUUUAAUAAACAUACAAAUGUUUA